CACCGCUAACAUUAAAAAUUCUAACAUGUUCAAAUGCUGGGGAGGGGGGUCAAAGUUUUUCUUCUCUUCUUUACAUUCUCCUGCCAGUAAACUUCCAUGAACUUUAACAUGUAGCCUUUAUAUUGAACCCCUUUUGUCUUUAUGUGUUCUUGAAGAACUUAUGACAGGGUAGAAAACAUAUACAGAGCAGUAUAUGUCUAAUUUACAAUCCAGCAGGUUCCGUUUUCUGAUGUGAAAAUGGCUCUUUUCCAGCUAAAUACAGUCCUUUGUGCUCUGCUUCUUUCCAGCAAUUUUCUGGAAUUCUGUGUUGGAGGAGAUACACUUUUGCCAAACCAAACUAUUGUUGUUGGGCAGACUUUGAUUUCUGAGAACCAAGUUUUUGAGAUGGGGUUUUUCUCCCCUGGAAAAUCAAGAAACAGGUACUUGGGGAUAUGGUACAAAAGCACACCGGAUAUUGUUGUUUGGGUUGCAAACCGAAACGAACCCAUCCCUGAUUCAGAAGAAGUGCUCUUAGCCAUAGCUGCAAACCGAACUUUAGUUAUAAGCAGAGCUGGAAGGGUUAUCUGGUGGAUGAAUGCAUCAGGGGUGGCAGCAAACCCAGUUUUGCAGCUCCUGGAUACUGGAAACCUGGUUCUUGUAGACAGGAAAAAUGAAAGUUCACAGCAGGACUGCAUAUGGCAGAGUUUCGAUUAUCCAACUGACACCUGGCUACCAGGAAUGAAGAUGAUUGCUGAUAUUGAUGCUGUAGAGGAGAAGUACAUGAUAUCGUGGAAAGAUUUGGAUGAUCCUUCCUACGGAGAUUACUUUUUCAGGAUUGAAAACCACGGCCUAUCUCAGACGGUGAUUCUCAGAGGGACAAAGAAAAGGUUUCGAGCUGGACAUUGGAACGGGCUUUACUUUGGAGGUACACCACCCUUUCCCAAUCCCAUUUUCUACCCUGAGAUGAUUUUCAAGGGAGAAAAGUUGAUAUCUAUGGUAGAGCCUUAUGACAGCUCAAUUUUCAAAAGAGUAAAAUUAGAGAAAUCUGGUAUAACCAUCCUUUAUGUUAUGAAUGCGAGAAAAGAUAAGUGGAACAUUGCUAGCGUUUAUCCACGAGAUCCAUGUGAUGAGUACAGCGAGUGUGGUCCUUAUGGUAUCUGCAGAAUUGACAGAGCAAUAAGAUGUGAGUGCUUUACGGGAUUCGCCCCUAAAUCCCAACAAGAUUGGGACCUUCAAGAUUGGUCCAAUGGGUGCAUUAGAAUUAGGCCGUUGAAUUGCCAGAGUGGAGAUGGUUUUGUAGAGGUUAGAGGGGUAAAAUAUCCUGAUAUGUUGCAAUUUUGGUUAAAUUCUAGCAUGAGCCUCAGCGAAUGCAAAGCUGAGUGCUUAAGGAACUGUAAUUGCACAGCAUAUGCUAAUCCGUACAUAACAAGUGGAGGCAGUGGUUGCUUGUUAUGGUUUGGGGAUCUCAUUGAUACAAGAGACUUUAAUGAGGCAGAUAGUAAGCAAAACAUCUAUAUCCGUGUAUCAGCUUUAGAACUUUCAGAAACAGAGUUGAGCACUGAUUUAGAUAAGGAAAAGGAGAAGAAAAGGCCUAUCAAGCUCAUACUGAUAUCAAUGGUUUCCGGAGUUCUUGUUUCAGGCAUUUUUAAUGGAGGUAUACUUUUAAUGACAAGAAGAAAGAUGCGAGCUACGCAAAAGAAAAAUGAGGAUCUCGAAUUACCUUUAUUCAAGUGGACAACCAUUGUGGCUGCAACAAACAACUUCUCCAGGGAAAACAUGAUUGGAGAAGGAGGUUUUGGUCCUGUUUACAGGGGCAACUUCUCAGCAGAAGAAAUAGCUGUUAAAAGAUUGUCAAGUACUUCAGGACAAGGUCUUGAAGAGUUCAAAAAUGAAGUCAUCCUGAUUGCCAAACUUCAACAUAGAAACCUCGUCAGACUUUUGGGAUGCUGCAUUGAAUGCGAAGAAAGGAUGCUAAUCUAUGAAUACCUGCCGAAUAAAAGCUUGGAUUGUUUUGUUUUUGAUCAAAAUCGAAGGACACUUUUGACAUGGCCUAGGCGCUUCAACAUAAUCAUGGGAAUUGCAAGGGGACUGCUAUAUCUCCACCACGAUUCCAGAUUAAAGAUCAUCCAUCGGGACCUCAAAACCAGCAACAUAUUACUGGAUGGAAAUUUAAAUCCAAAAAUUUCAGAUUUCGGCCUGGCAAGAAUUUUCGGAGAGAAUCAAUCUACUGCUAGAACAAAAAGAGUUGUUGGGACAUACGGCUACAUGGCUCCAGAAUACGCAAUGAACGGGAGAUUCUCAGUGAAGUCCGACAUAUUUAGCAUGGGAGUAGUUUUAUUAGAGAUUGUGACUGGUAAAAAGAAUAGGGGCUUUAACCACUGCACUCAUUGUCAUAGCCUCUUGCAACAUGCAUGGCUGCUGUGGAACGAAAACAAGAUUCUUGAGCUCAUGGAUGAAUGUUUGAGCGAUACAUUUGUGGAAUCUGAAGUGAAGAGAUGUGUGCAAGUCGGCUUAUUAUGCGUUCAGAAAUGUGCGGAAGACAGGCCAGUAAUGUCAUCUGUGCUUUUUAUGUUAGGAACUGAGGGAGCAAUUUUGCCUGAACCUAAAGAGCCUGGAUUCUUCAUGGAAGGGUGUUCCGCCUCUGCAAGAAGUUGUACGUCGGGUGGUACUAAGUAUGAGAAACACACAAUGUCCAUCACUGAUUUGGAGGCCAGAUGAAGAUCAGCUCUCACCAUAAUACAAAUUUUUUGGGUUAAAUAUGAUUUACCCCAUGUGUGAAUCAAAAAGUGCAAAAAAGCUCAUGUGAAAAAAUAGAUUGCAAUAAAUUAUAUUUAAUCCCAAAAUUUUCAUUUCUUGGGGAAAAAAA